GGGGCGUCCUCUCCAUGUUCUGUGCGGUCUCCUGUUGGGGUCAGGAUUAGGGACAGGUUUACAGUCAGGGAGGAUUUGGUGGAGAACAUUUGGUCAUAGAAGCCCAUACAUUGUGUUUGGAGGUGCAGGUUCCUACAAUCUAGGAUCUGCUCUGUGGAUAUCUCCUAUAUAAGAUCACUCUCCUGACUGACCCAUCAAGGAUGGAUAGAAAAAGUGACAAGAUGGCAGAGAGUAUAAUAAAUCUCACCCUGGAGAUCCUCUUCCAGAUUACUGGAGAGGAAUACACAGUAAUGAAGAAGACUUCUAGUGAGCAUUGUCAGGACCCUGUAGCUGAAGGACGGGGAAGAAACCGAAGCCCAAUUUCCUGGCCAACACCUCACAUCCCGAUACAUGAGAAAGUUCAUAGAGAGAAGAUCCUAGAACUCACCAACAAGAUCAUUGAGCUGCUGACUGGAGAGGAGUGGAAGUAUUUAGAAGAAAACAAAGAUGUGUACCAGGACGUCAAGAAGGAGGAUCACCAGCCCCUCAAGUCUAUAAUUAAAGAAGAGACAACAACGCCAGAGAGAUGUCCCAGUCCUCCUCUUCCACAGGAUGAUUCAAAAGAACAUCACAAUGUUCCACAGGAUGAUCAGUUUUUCGGUCCAAUUAAAGAUCUGAAAAUUAUUAAGGUUGAAGAGGCAGAUAUGGACUUUGCCACAGAUAACCACCCAGAUGAUUGUGGUGUCAUAGAAGAUGCAUAUGAAGAGCAUGUCAUUCUCUCAGAUGGGUCCUCAUCAUCUGAUCCUUUGGAUGGAGGCAGAUCUCCUGAUUCAUCAAAGACCGUAAAGAAAAAUAAAAGUCCUAGAAGAAGUGUUAAAAAAACUCAAACAGGGGAGAAGACUUUUUCAUGCUCAGAAUGUGGGAAACGUUUUAACCGCAAAUCUAUUCUUGUUACACAUAAGAGAAUUCACACAGGUGAGAGGCCAUUUUCAUGUUCAGAAUGUAACAAAAGUUUUAAUCGCAAAUCAGUUCUUCUUAUACAUGAGAGAAUUCACACAGGGGCAAAGCCAUUUUCAUGCUCAAAAUGUGAAAAACGUUUUAACCGUAUGUCAGAUCUUAUUGUGCAUGAGAAAAUUCACACAGGGGAGAAGCCAUUUCCAUGCUCAGAAUGUGGGAAAUGUUUUAACCAUAAAUCAGAUCUUGUUAAACAUCAGAGAAUUCACACAGGGGAGAUGCCAUUUUCAUGUUCAGAAUGUGACAAACGUUUCAGCUAUAAAGCACAUCUUGCUAAACAUGAGAUAAUGCACACAAUGGAGAAGCCAUUUUCAUGUUCAGAAUGUGGGAAGUGUUUUAAACGUAAAUCGCAUCUUGUUAUGCAUGAGAAAAUUCACACAGGGGAAAAGUCCUUUUCAUGUUCUGAAUGUGGAAAAUGUUUUCACCGUAAAUCGCAUCUUGUUAGACAUGAGCUAAUUCAUACAGGUGAGAAGAUAUAUUCAUGCUCAGACUGUGGGAAAGGUUUUAACCGUAAAUCGCAUCUUCUUGACCAUCAGAAAAAUCACACCGGCUUGUAGCCAUUUUCAGAAUGUGGGAAAUGUUAGUUGAGUCAAGUCUGACAAUUCACACAGGAAAAAUAUUUUAAACCCUUAAGGACCAGGCCAUUUUUUGCAAAUCUGACGUGUCACUUUAUGUGGUGAUAACUUUUUA